AUGGCCGACGUCGGCCUCAUCGAUAUAUCACAUGCAGAUCAAGCAGAACUGCGACAUCUGGCCGACCUCUUGCACCUUUUCCACCAUCGCAACAAGAAUCAGCACCGAAGAAGUGUAUGGUGGCGGCAUUUUUCCAUAUUCCGAAAGCAGCUCAGUGCUCUGGUCAACGACUCUAACCGAAUCGAUGCAGUAGCGCUUACGAACCUUGCCCGGGCAAAAAAGAAAGCACAAGACGCUCAGAUCGCUAUCACUACAUCAAAACGCAUACUUUUCUGGCGCGACACCAUGGUCGCGAAGUGGCAGCACGCCUUCUCGCAGCUUAUUGCAGACGGAAGGUUUUCGGUGCUUGGAUUAGUAUUGUUGGCAGCACUUUCACAAGUGUGUCAAAUCGUUGGCAUUACUGCUGAUCUGGAAGAAAUGGGCCAAGCCAAAGUCGAAAAGGUUCUUGAAGAAUUCGGCAGGGACGCCUGGGGAGCUGAAACAAGGCAACAACAGAACGUUGCAGCAGAGGACCUAGGAGAGGUAAUUCAGAGAGAGGAAGUGCCGAAUCAGGUUGAUGUCGGUGAACUCAAGUCACGACCUGAAGAGAGGACUAUGAACGCAACUUCCGCGAGAGUGAGAAAAGCUACUGCCACCUCCAACAAUAAACCGUCGAAGAAGAAACGAAAGAAAGGCAAUGCUAUCGACGACAUCUUUGGAUGA